AUGGUUUCUACUAGAAGUGUCAACUCUCCUGCUAUGAAGAUCACUAUCUUGGUUGUUGAUGAUGAUUCUACUUCAUUGGCUAUUGUUUCUGCCAUGUUAAGAGAGUUCCGAUAUGAAGUUACGAGUGUUAAAACACCGGCAGCUGCUUUGUCUGUUCUUAGAUCAAAUCCAAGUAUUGACCUAGUGGUCACUGAUCUCCAUAUGCCUGGAAUGAAUGGGAUUGAGCUUCAAAAACGAAUCAACAAAGAGUUUAAACUGCCUGUCAUCAUAAUGUCCUCGGAUGACGAUGAAAAUGUGAUGCUAGAGAGCUUAGCAGGAGGUGCUGUGUUCUUUAUAGUUAAACCAGUAGACCCUGUUGGGUUAAAGAACGUAUGGCAAUACGCUGUUGCUGCUAAGAAAGGUAAAUCCUUGCUCAUCGAAGACAUGGACAGGGAAUCUUCGUCGUCGUCACCAGCGGACGGGAAACUAUCCCUCGGUGGCAACACGAAGUCGGUGUCAUCGGUGAAUAACGAAAAGAACGAUCCCAAGAAUGGAUCGAAAAGAAAAGGUGCAUCUGGCAAAGGUAGGGACAAGGAUGAUAACGAUGAUGAAUCGAAGUCUCCACCUCCAAAAAAGACUAAGAAGCAUAAGAUUGUUUGGACGAAUACACUUCAUAACCAGUUCUUGGAAGCCCUACGCCAAAUUGGCCUUGAAAGAGCUGUCCCAAAGAAGAUCCUUGAGCGUAUGAAUUCGACAGGCUUAACCAGGGAAAAUGUGGCUAGUCAUUUACAGGUUUGA